AUGCGCCAACGCCGGCUCGGAGGUCCUUCGUCCACUGCUUCUUCUGCCUCGGAAGGAGGCGUCGGAAGUUCCGGCGGGAACAUGCUCCGAUUCUACACCGACGAUGCUCCCGGGAUCAAGAUCUCCCCGACCGUCGUCCUCGUCCUCAGCCUCUGCUUCAUCGGCUUCGUCACCGCCCUCCACGUCUUCGGCAAGCUCUACCGCAGCAAGCUCGUUCCGCCGGGAGCCCAAUAA